UCUACCCCAUCGUCCUCGUCCGUGGCCACCGAGUGGCUCAAGGGCAAGAGCGUGGACGAGUGCCUCAAGAUCAAGAACACGGACAUCGCGGCGCACCUAAAGCUGCCUCCCGUCAAGCUGCACUGCAGCAUGCUGGCCGAGGACGCCAUCAAGGCCGCCAUCUCGGACUACAAGCGCAAGCAGACGGCCUCGAGCUAA